AUGGCCGAGAGCAAGGACGAACCACAGCAGGGGGUUGAGGCUGCACCCCCACAAGGAAUUGAAGUAACCCCCGAACAGGGCAUUGAAGCACCUCAUGUUCAGGAUGAAUUUGAGGCAGCGCAGAAAAAGGAGCCCAAAAUUGACAUGGGUGAAUAUGAGAGCAAACAAGACAUCUCGCAUGUCGAACAGACUCUCUCGGCAUCCGAUGAUCUUGCAAAAGACAAUAUGGAUACCAGCCGAGUCGACAAGGAGAUUCAAGCCUAUGCCGCUCAUUCUCGGGUGGAGAUCGAUGAAGCCACUGAUAAACGUCUGAAACGCCUGAUCGAUCGUCGUGUCCUGUUUAUCAUGAUCUGCACAUAUUUCCUGCAGGCUUUGGAUAAAGGAACCAUGUCUUUCGCUGCCAUCAUGGGAAUCAAAACAGACGCGCAUCUGGAAGAUGGGCAGAAGUAUUCCUGGUUGACUACCUGUAUCUAUAUCGCCGUCCUCACCGUCGAAUACCCUACCAAUUGGAUCAUCCAGAGAGUUCCCAUCGGCAAAUACUUGGGCAUUAACAUCUGUCUCUGGGGUAUGAUCUUGGCACUACAUGCAGCCUGCAAGAACUUCACUGGGUUGGUAAUUGUCCGUACCCUGCUGGGUAUCUUCGAGGCUUGCUGUCAACCUAUUUUUGUGACUCUUUCCUCGAUGUGGUAUAAGCGAGAGGAACAGGCAGCCACAGUGACAUACUGGUAUAUGAUGAACGGCGCGCAGCAGAUUAUCGGUGGUCUCUUGGCAUACUGUUUCACCCUUAUUGGACCAGACAAAGUUCUCAAGUCCUGGCAAGCUCUUUUCAUGAGCUAUGGAAUUAUCUCCGUUUUCUGGGGAGUGUUCGUCAUUUGGUGGAUGCCCGACUCCCCCAUGCGUGCGAAGUGUUUCAGCGAGGAAGACAAGCGCCUUAUGAUCGAACGUCUCCGCUCCAAUCAGACCGGUAUCCAGAACAGAAAGUUCCGCUCAUACCAGAUGUGGGAGGCGAUCUGCGACCCACAAAUGUGGUGCUAUUGUGCUGUUCAAAUGUUCACCACGCUUCCUACCAGCGGCCUGGGCGCAUUCUUUGGCAUCGUCAUCUCGAGUUUUAAGUUCACUGUUUUGCAGACUCAAUUGCUUGCUAUGGUACUCGGAGUUUACAUUAUUGUGGUCCUGUUGUCGUCUGCGUGGCUCGUAAACAGGUUCAAACAGAACACGAUCGUGAUGCUAGGCUUCAUUAUUCCGUCAUUCGUCGGGGCUAUUGUUCUUAUGACUGUCGAAAACACUACUUUGGGCACGAAAGUAGGCCUUCUUAUCAGUUACUAUAUCACGAUGUCCUUUUGGUCGGCCCAGACUCUCACCCUGUCCAUGGUGUCGCGGAAUAUUGCUGGUCAGACUAAGAAGUCGACGGUGGUGGCAGCGACAUUCGUGUCAUGGGCUACUGGCAAUGCUAUUGGUCCCCAGGUAUUCCUUGACAAGGAUGCCCCACGGUAUCACAUUGCCUGGAGUGUACAUUUGGCGUGUUAUGUCUGCAUGGUUCUCGCCGUUAUCUACCUACGCUUCCACCUGAAGCGCGAGAAUGCCAAGAAGGACAAAAUUUUGGCUGAUGCAGGGCUUACCGCCGCUGACCCGACCCUCAUCCAUGCGUUCGAGGAUAAGACGGAUCGGGAGAAUCUGAACUUCCGCUAUGUUUACUAA